UCGCGCCAAACUUUGUAGAGUACCGUUGUAGCUCGCCAUUCAAAGGGUUUUUGUGCCGCCGUUAUGGUUCGUUGCCUAAACUGCAUCGUCGCUGUGUCCCAGAACAUGGGCAUUGGGAAGAACGGAGACCUACCUUGGCCUCGGAUCAGGAAUGAACUCAAAUAUUUCCAAAGAAUGACCACAACCACUUCAGCAGAAGGUAAACAGAAUUUGGUGAUUAUGGGUAGGAAGACCUGGUUCUCCAUUCCUGAGAAGAAUCGACCUUUACAGGACAGGAUUAAUGUAGUCCUCAGCAGAGAACUCAAGGAACUUCCAAAAGGAGCUCAUUUUCUUGCCAGAAGUCUGGAUGAUGCCUUAAACCUUAUUGAGGAACCAGAAUUAACAAAUAAAGUGGACAUGGUUUGGAUAAUAGGAGGCAGUUCUGUGUAUAAGGAAGCCAUGAACAGGUCAGGCCAUGUUAGACUGUUUGUGACGAGGAUCAUGGAGGAAUUUGAAAGUGACACAUUUUUGCCAGAAAUUGAUUUGGAGAGAUACAAACUUCUCCCAGAGUACCCAGGUGUUUUUUCUGAUGUCCAGGAGGAGAAAGGCAUUAAAUUCAAAUUUGAAGUAUAUGAAAGGAAUGAUUAAUAUGAAGAUGUUCUCUGAUUCAUUUCAAGUUGUUCCCCAACCCCUCCAAACAAUUAAUGUAU